UCGUUUUUUGCAGAGUUAAUCCCGGCUACAUAUUAGUGCAUACAUAAUUUCAAUUUUUGACAAGAUCGAUUGGCGUUAAUUAGCGUGGGCGGCGCCGCCGCCGGAUUAACGCCGAGAUGGGAACGCUCCUUCAUUAUCCCUGAUGCUGGUGGGUGUGCCAGCCUGGACUUCGAGGAGUCGGCCUUUCACUUUCCCAUCGAAAAAUUGGGAUGACGGGUAAUUAAAGAUGGCAUCUCCGACUCCUUCGAUUGAAUCAUUACCACGAGCAAACUCGAUUGGAUCGUUCGGUGACCAAGCAGACUACCUGUCCCUGUCUCCCCUGGAGGACUCCCCCUUGUCAGUGAGCGGUUCGUCACCACCAGUCAGCGAUUCCGUCGACCGAGACAGCGACCCCUCCGAGCUCCAUUGCCAGCAGUGCCGCGAGCCCGUGGCCGACCCCAAGCUGUUGGCCUGCUUCCACACCUUCUGCACCCCGUGUCUCGAGAAGAACAAGCUCAUCUGCCCCCGGUGCAACUCGGAGUCGAUCGAGGGCAUCCUCAACAGCCUGUUGUUCAGCUCGGAGUCGACGAGCGAGUCGUUCCACCCGACGGUCCGUUGCACCGGCUGCAAGACCAAGAAACUAGACGCGGUCGCCCGCUGCGUCGAUUGUGCCAAUUAUCUGUGCCCGAACUGCGUCAUGGCUCACCAGUUCAUGCACUGCUUCGAAGGCCAUCGAGUCGUCAACCUGAACGAAAUGAAAGAAGAAUCCAAGAACGGCCUCAUCUCGAAUUCGACGAUCACGAACGGCGAAAAGAACACGGUGUGUCCGCGACACAAAGGCGAGCUCCUGAAGUACUUUUGUCGCACGUGCACGAUCCCGAUAUGCAAGGAGUGCUUGAACCUGGAGCACCCCGCCGGUAUUCACGAAUACGAACAUAUCAGCGAGGCGGCGCCGAAGCAGGUCGAGGCCAUCCAGCACGCAGUGCAAGAGGCCAAAACCAAAGCGACGGACAUGCGCAACAUAAUGAAGAACGUCGAACACGUAUCCAGCCGCCUCCAGGUGCAAUACCACAAAGCCCAAAACGAAAUCAACGACACGUUCAUGUUCUACAGGUCGAUGCUGGAGGAGCGGAAGCAGGAGCUGCUCAAGGAGCUCGAGAGCGUGUUCUCGGCCAAGCAGAUCUCGCUCGGCGUGGCCUCGCAGAAGGCCCAGGAGACGGUCGAUCAAAUCUACAAAACGUGCGAAUUCGUCGAGAGACUGAACAAAUGCGCGACCAUUGUUGAAAUUUUAAUGAUUAGGAAAUUGUUAGACACGAAAUUGCAAGGCCUUUUGAGUUAUAACGUAGACCAGAGCGUGCAGUCGGCGUGCGAACUGGAGUUCGUCUCGAAUUACCAAGCGAUCCAGGUGGGCGUCCGCAACACGUUCGGGUACGUGCGGUCCAACUCCGAGGCGGUGGUGGGGCCGAGCAAGCAGCCGCCCAUCGCCCGCCCCACCGGCGGCGGCUCGAGCUCGAGCGGCAGCAGCGUGAACGGGAGCUCGGGCAGCCUGAACGGCGGCAUCCACUGCCCCUUCACCAUCUCGGGCUCCAGCCAGUCCACCUCGCCCUUCGAAUCCAACAUAAUCAGCAAGAGAUUCAGCAGUGCCAACAGCCUGGGGCCGUUCUCGACGACGAUCGGCGAUCUGAACCUGAACGGGAUCAACCCGUACGAGAAGUGGUCGAACGGCGGCACCGACACCAUGUUCCAGAACGGCACCCCCGACCCCUACUCGCUCACGAGCGCCGGCCACGCCGACCCCAUGCUCGACCUCACGUCGAAGCUGAUGUCCUCGGCCAUCUUCCCCCCCAAGUCGCAGAUCAAGCGCCAGAAGAUGAUCUACCACUGCAAGUUCGGCGAGUUCGGCGUGAUGGAGGGCCAGUUCACCGAGCCGAGCGGCGUGGCGGUGAACGCGCAGAACGACAUCAUCGUCGCCGACACGAACAACCACCGCAUCCAGAUCUUCGACAAGGAGGGCCGCUUCAAGUUCCAGUUCGGCGAGUGCGGCAAGCGCGACGGGCAGCUCUUAUACCCGAACCGCGUGGCCGUGGUGCGCACCUCGGGCGACAUCAUCGUGACCGAGCGCUCCCCCACACACCAGAUCCAGAUCUACAACCAGUACGGACAGUUCGUGCGCAAGUUCGGGGCCAACAUCCUGCAGCACCCGCGCGGCGUCACCGUCGACAACAAGGGCCGCAUCGUCGUGGUCGAGUGCAAGGUGAUGCGCGUGAUCAUCUUCGACCAGACCGGGACGGUGCUGCAGAAGUUCGGCUGCUCGAAGCACCUCGAGUUCCCGAACGGCGUGGUCGUCAACGACAAGCAGGAGAUCUUCAUCAGCGACAACCGCGCGCACUGCGUCAAGGUGUUCAGCUACGAGGGGGUGUACUUGCGCCAGAUCGGUGGUGAAGGCAUCACCAACUAUCCGAUCGGGGUCGGGAUCAACGCCAACGGAGAGAUUUUGAUCGCGGACAACCACAACAACUUCAACCUGACGAUCUUCACCCAGGAGGGCCAGCUGGUGUCGGCGCUCGAGAGCAAGGUCAAGCACGCGCAGUGCUUCGACGUGGCGCUGAUGGACGACGGCUCCGUCGUGCUCGCCAGCAAGGACUACCGCUUGUACAUCUACCGUUACGUGCAGGUGCCCCCCAUCGGCCUGUAGACGGACGGGAGCGUCACGAGACAGGGUCUCCAGCAGCCGUUCCCGACACCUUUUUGUUGAUGCAUUUUUGAGCGAAGCGUUCGGAUUGCUGGUCUGUUAUUGUAUUUAUCAAUUUAGAAAUUUAGAGUUUGUCCAAAAUUGUAACGAUGUGCAGUCGUCAUAGUUUUGUAUUGUACUUCACAAUGUUGAUAUUUUUUAUUGAUAGUAUGUACGAUAUUUGACGAUGCGUUUGAGACAGGAAGCCUGCCUGCUCCUUCCGGGGAGCGCGGCCCGUCACCCGUGUUGAAUGACCAAUUCUAUCACUAAUUAAAAACAGGGAUAUUAUAAUUCACAUUUAGAAAUGUUAAAAGAAAAAAUAAUAACCAAGCAGCAUUGCGGUGCCUGGGCCAUUGUUGUAUUUAAGUCGAGCAUCAAUUUCCGAUACGAUAUGAUGAUCUAUUUUAAUAUGCGUGUAUGAUGUUGUGUAUGUCCUUUAGUAUAGCGCGUUGUUGUUUGCGGGAUGCCGCGUUGUUAGCGACCCUAGUCACCCACGAACUGUACUUGUAGUAGCAGUUUCUUCUAUUAUUAUUAUUAUUGAUUUUUUUUAUUAUAUGCCCCCACCCACCCACCCAUUUUUGUAUUUUUUUUUUGUAUUAUUAUUUUUUUUUUAUUUACUACUACCGUGCUUUGUUCGACACCGUAGCGUGCCGUGCCCCCAACUUCCAGUCGCUCGGGCGUUGUUUAUUUUUAGUUUUGUUAUCAAUUUAUGAAUAGUGGUAUUAAUACACCAUAUCUCUAUUAAGUUAGUAAAGAAACGAAGCAACGUAGGAAGAAUUGCAACUCUCCGUGUGGUGCAUGCAAUAUACUUCUCUCUUCCUCCUGAUUUUUUUUUUUUUAUUAUUAUUAUGAGUUAGUCGUAGCAGUAGAAAUAUAUUUGUUUGUUGAUGCUGCCGAGUUUAAGAUAGUGACGCGGGCCGCACGAGCAUGCGUGCGGCGGCCGCCGCCGCAGGCGCGCCCUACAAGACUAUUUACUUAGUAGCUAGGGUUUUAUUUUAGUUAGAGAUGGUGAGGGCGAGCGGGCGGAUGGCGUCGCCGUCGUCGUCGUCGCCACCCGUAUCUCUUUGUGUUUUUUUUUUCUGUCUGUCUCUCUCUACGUGAUCGCGACGCCCCGCGCCCGCCCCGCCCCGUUCCGUAUUAUUAUUUAUAUUAUUAUUAUUAUAUUGUUGUUUUUUGAAACCGGAGGCGAUGAUCGCAGAACACGGGGGCUGAGCGAUCUCAAUCCCACUAUUUACCAGCAGUCCCGUGACUACGCCGCGCCGCCCUCGCCCGGUCGCCGAAUUGUUGCCUCUCGGUGCCCCGCCGACAAGUGUUAUAUAUGUUGUUUUUAAUGUCUUGUUCAGAGUACGCUCUAUUUUUUCUAUUGUUCCUGAGACGUCCUCGGCGAGGCACCGCGAGAACGGCCGGCGCGCCCGACCAGACCAGGGCGGCCACGGCGCCCCAAAUGUAUUACUAGAAUUUUUUUAAACUUGUUGUUAUUAUUAUUAUUAUCUUAAUUUUAAUGGUAAAAUUGUUCUUAAAUUAAAUGUACAUUGUUUUGUUUUCUUUGAUUUUUUUUGUUGUAAAUGCUUUUUAAUUAAUAAUACCAAUUCUUGCAGUUUUCAGUUA